AUGGUAGUUAGGUCACUUGAUGUAGAAAAAGAUCCUUUUCGACCUAAAGAAGAACAUGAAGAGCUCCUUGGUCCAGAAGUACCAUAUCUUAGUGCAAUAGGAGCAUUGAUGUAUCUUGCUAAUUGUACAAAACCUGAUAUAGCUUUCUCUGUCAAUUUAUUAGCAAGAUUUAGUUCUACUCCAACAUAUAGACAUUGGAAAGGGAUUAAGCACAUACUCCGCUAUCUUCAGGGUACUAUUGAUAAAGGAUUAUUCUAUUCUAAUAAUUGUGGGUCACAACUUAUUGGCUACGCAGAUGCAGGAUAUUUAUCUGAUCCACAUAAAGCCAGAUCUCAAACUGGCUAUUUGUUCACUUGCGGUGACACUGCUAUAUCCCCUGGCGAUCAACAAAGCAAACUCUGGUGGCUACUUCCUCAAAUCAUGCUGAGAUACUUGCAAUUCACGAGGCAAGUCGAGAAUGUGUUUGGUUAA